AUCGCUUGGCCGCCACAAUAAUGAUCGCCAUGCUGCAGUCAGGCCUUCUAUUGUGGCCAUGUUCUGCAACUCCAGGUUAUGCAUCAUGUAAACAGUUUUGCCAUAAUAAAGCUUCGGUUUUCUCAAGAAAAAUUGCUUUAGUUUUUUCUAAAAGGCACUCAGUUUCUGAGAUUGCCAAAUGCAGCAGUUCAUCUUCCUCCGGUGGCUCUUCUGAUGAUUCUAAUGGUUAUUCUAACAAGGACAAAGUGCCCUUUGGAUACACAAGAAAAGAUGUGAUCCUAAUUGGGGUUGGUCUCACUGUGAUAGGUGUUGGUCUGAAGAGUGGUUUGGAGUUUGCCGGAGUAGACCCCUUACAGGCUGGGAAUGUAGUGCAGUUGGUGUUGGUCUUGGGUCUAACUGUUGGAUGGAUUUUCACUUACAUUUUCAGGGUAUCAAACAAAGACAUGACUUAUGCACAACAAUUAAGAGACUACGAGAACAAAGUGAUGGAG